GCUGGAACUCCGGAGCUGGAUGAGCAACUUAGAACCAUCAGUAUCUUGGGAGGAAAAAAAUGUUAAGGAAAAGCAAAUCAUUAAUUUUAAAAUACUUUCUUAACCUCAUUAAUGGAGCUUUCCUGGUUCUUGGACUUUUACUCAUAGGAUUUGCUGCAUGGCUUUUAUUGGAUAGAAAUAAUUUUUUCACUGCUCUAAAUGAAAGUAAUCACCUGACAGUAUAUAUUUUUGGAAUUUUAAUUGGAACUGGAUCGGCUAUUGUUCUUCUUUUUCUCUUGGGCUAUUUGGGAAUUCAAUAUGAAAUCAGAUGGCUCCUAGCUCUGUAUGCAGUACUGUUAAUGUGGGCCUUUGGUGUUCAGGUUGCACUUUCAGCACUCAUCUUCACAAAGAAAGAGGAGGUUCACCAAGUAUGGCAUGAUGAAAUUGAUUUAGUCAUUUCUCAGUAUGGAUCUAAAGAUGUGCCUGAAGACAUACUUAAGUGGACUAUCCUGAAUGCUUUACAAAAAACAUUGCAGUGUUGUGGCCAACACAAUUACACAGAUUGGAUAACGAAUGAGAAUAAAGAAAAUUCAGAACAGGUGCCAUGUUCUUGCACGAAUUCUACAUUAAGAAAGUGGUUCUGUGAUGAGCCACUGAAUGCAACUUACUUAGAGGGUUGUGAAAAUAAAAUCAACACAUGGUAUCAAGCUAAUGCUUUAUUAUUAAUUGGAAUUUACUUUGGACUUUUGGUUUCAGAGGUUUUGCAAAUCUCAUUAACUGUCUCUUUCCUCAGACAUAUCAAGAACAGAAUAUUUGCAGAAAUGUGAUCUUUGGAUUUUAAUUUGUCUGGAAGAAACCAGUUAAUUCGCAAAAUAAUCACAAUGUAUUCUUUUAUCCCAAAAAGUUUCUCAAUUACAUUAAUGAAGUUUAGGAGUCAUUGAAGUCAUUGGUUAUAUGUAACAUAAAAUUUUUGGAAUUAUAAUACAUCACUCCAUGAACUUUUUAUUUGGCUUUUCAACAUAUCAAAUAUUUCAAAAUAUCAAAAUAUUCUGCAGUUUAGAACUUUACCUUGAGUUAUUUUCUGAAUUCAGGGGAUAUCACAAAUAUUAAAAUCAAAAUUUAGUUAAAUAUUAUGAUAUAUUUUGAGUUUCUUACAUAGAAAAUAUUAAUUAAGCAAUUAUAGCAUGUACCUUACAUUUGCAAAUUUUAAGAAAAUGAUGAUUUAUAGAAAAUUUAAAAGGAAGAUUGAAAAUCUUCAUGAUACAUCUCUACUGAACUAAUCAUUUAUUUCUUCUGAUAAUGCUUACAAAUUAAUAAACUUAAAAUUUUAGAGAUUUGGAUAUAUUUUGGUGGUAAUAAUAUCAUAUUAAAAUAACAAUGAUUUUUUAACUGUGGUAGAAAAAAAUCUAUUCUGAAUGACCACUGAAUUCCAAUACUUUUUACUUGCUUGUCAUUUGCUUCUCUUUUUCCUUAAAUUUUGUUCAAUGUGUGUGUGCACAAUUCCCUGGAGGAAACAAAAAUAACCUAGUUUUCUAUUUUCUUAAAAAUGAUAGUGUGAGAACAAAAAACAGUGUUUUGAAAAAUAAAAAUACUA